GUAUUGUAUCGGAACACAUAGUCCAACCAUCGAGAUCUUCCGCUCUAGAUUCUCAACUGAAGACGCUUAUUGCAUUACGUUUUUUUGCAACUGGUAGUUACCAAAUGGAUGCAGCUUCCAACAUAUUUUUAGCUGUUAGUCAAUCUUCAGUGAGUAGAGCUAUCAAUGAAGUGGUUGGAGUUCUAAAUUUACCACAAGUAUUUAAUACAUGGAUUCAUUUUCCGAUGCAAAUUCAUCAGUUGAAUCAGUUACGGAAUCAGUUCUACCAAAAUCAUGGAUUUCCUGGUGUUGUUGGGUGCAUUGAUUGCACCCAUGUUGCUAUAUUCCCACCCAAAGUGGACGAUGAGGUCUAUCCAGAAAGAAUUUAUGUGAACAGAAAGGGAUAUCAUUCCAUAAAUGUGCAACUGAUAUGUGACACAAGAUUGAGAAUUCUCAACAUUAAUGCGAAGUUCCCUGGAAAUACCAACGAUGCUUACAUUUGGCAAAACUCGAACAUAAAUCAAGCUUUUGUUAAUUUGCAUAGGAACGGGAAUACACAGUUUUAUCUCUUAGGAGACUCUGGAUAUCCUCUUAGGCCAUGGCUUCUGACACCUCUCGAAGAUGAUCCUUUACCAGGAAGCGCUGAAGAGAGAUAUAACCAAAAACAAAGGAGCACUAGGAGCAUCAUAGAAAGAUGUAACGGUCUAUUGAAAAUGAGAUUUCGAUGUUUACUGAAGCAUCGGGUUCUACAUUAUGAACCAAGAGUAGCUUCAAAAAUCAUAAACGCUUGUGCUGUGUUGCACAAUAUGUGUAUAGAAAGCAAUAUUCCAGAGCCAGAGUUGGAAGAUUCCGAUGAAGAUAUUGAUUUUGGGUUGAGUAUCGGUGGGAUAUCACUUCAAAUAGUAGGGUGA